AUCAACAGAGAUUUUACCUUUUAACCUAAUAAGAGAAGACUUUCCAGAAAUCAAUGGUUGCUUCAUUUUCCAAUCUCAGAGAUUUGAGACUUUACAAAGCCAAGAUGGAUUUCGAGAAGAGAAAAGCUGCAACACUAGCUUCAAUUCGUUCGUCAGUGACUGACAAAUCUCCCAAAGGUUUUCUCGACGAACCCAUCAUCCCUCUUCUCGAAACCAUCAAUCACCACCCAUCUUACUUCACUACCAGUUCCUGCUCAGGUCGAAUCUCAAUCCUUUCUCAACCCAAACCAAAAUCGAAUGAUUCAACAAAGAAGAAAGCUCGUGGCGGUUCAUGGCUCUAUAUCACACACGACCCAGCUGAUUCGGAUUUGGUAAUUUCUCUGCUUUUUCCUUCGAAGUCAAAUCAGAUUGACCCAAUUGACCAACCUAGCGAAUUAGUCUUCCGAUUCGAGCCGUUGAUCAUUGCUGUGGAAUGUAAGGAUUUGGGUUCGGCUCAGUUUCUUGUGGCGUUGGCUAUAUCAGCUGGGUUUAGAGAAUCGGGAAUCACAUCUUGUGGUGAUGGCAAAAGGGUAAUUAUAGCUAUACGAUGUUCGAUUCGAAUGGAGGUGCCUCUUGGUGAUACAGAGAAGCUGAUGGUUUCACCAGAGUAUGUGAAGUUUCUUGUUGAUAUUGGAAAUGAGAAGAUGGAUGCGAAUAGGAAGCGAACCGAUGGGUUUAGUGUAGCUUUGACUAGUAAUGGUUUCAAGAAUCCAGAUGAAAAUGAUAUUGAUGAAGAUGAUAAUUACGAGAAUCUAGCUGGAAAUCAUGAUUCAAGUAUCAACAACGGAAACUUGCAUCCUGGGCUUCAGCAAGAUCUCAUACCGCUCUCGAAAUUAUCCAUAGUCGGGGAACCUGUUGAGAAGCUCCACCUUUGGGGACACUCAGCUUGUACGAUAGAUAAAACAGACCGAAAAGAGGUUAUCGUGUUUGGUGGGUUUGGAGGUUUUGGUAGACAUGCUCGAAGAAAUGAGUCUCUGUUACUCGAUCCUUCAUGUGGCACCUUAAAUUUGAUCACAGUCAAUGAAUCUCCGUCAGCACGACUUGGCCACACAGCUUCAAUGGUUGGCGAUUUCAUGUUUGUGAUUGGAGGAAGGGCUGACCCCUUGAAUAUUUUGAAUGAUGUGUGGAGGCUCGAUAUAUUCAAGGGGGAAUGGAGCUCACAGAGGUGUAUUGGAAGUGAAUUUCCUCCAAGGCAUCGGCACGCAGCAGCCAGUGUUGGCACAAAAGUAUACAUAUUUGGUGGGCUUUACAAUGAUAAGAUAGUUUCCUCUUUGCACAUUUUAGAUACAAAGGACCUGCAGUGGAAAGAUGUUGAACAACAAGGUCAAUGGCCCUGUGCGCGCCACUCUCAUGCUAUGGUUGCAUAUGGGUCGCAGUUAUUCAUGUUUGGAGGAUACAAUGGGGAAAAUGUACUCAAUGAUCUAUACAGCUUUGAUGUCCAAAGCUGUUCUUGGAAACUUGAAGUGAUUUCUGGAAAAUGGCCUCAUGCCAGGUUUUCACACUCAAUGUUUGUGUAUAAGCAUAUCAUUGGCAUAAUUGGAGGUUGUCCUGUUUCACAAAAUUGUCAAGAGUUGACUUUGCUAGAUCUGAAGCACCGAUUGUGGAGGAGUGUGAGAUUGGAAUUUAUGAACAAAGAGUUGUUUGUUAGAAGUACAGCCAGCGUUCUUGGUGAUGAUCUCAUUGUCAUUGGGGGUGGGGCUGCUUGCUAUGCUUUUGGGACAAAGUUUAGUGAACCAGUGAAAAUCAACUUGGUUCAAUCUGUGACUCUGAGUGAAAAUCAUGUUCCUCCACAACCUGAAGAUGUUUAUCUAGAAUCGAACAGAAACAAUGCAGAUUUGAAGACUGAAAUGUCUUUUUCUCAACCAUGGGUGAUACAGUUAGAAAGAAAGUAUGCAAAGUUUGGCAAGGACAUUCUUAAAAGUUUCGGAUGGUUAGACCUUGAGAGGAAGGUUUACUCAAGCGAAAAAGGUCUUUGUAUAUGCUUUCCUGUGACUGAAAAGUUUUCUGAACUUUUCCAUGAGAAGCAGCUUUUGGGCAUGGACUUAGAAGGGCCAGAGGAUGAUAGCCUAGCAAAGGGUCUAUCCUUAAAGGAUAUAUCCAGCUCAGCGGCUUUGAAUCUAUUGAAGGAACAUGGUGCUAAAAAACUCAUUAAUGUAGCUUUUGAAGCCAAAAAAGUUGCAAAAUCCCCCUUACAGAGAAUGAGAGAAGAUAUCACAUCUAUACUUAAACAGAAAGGCCUUCCGGAAGAGCUUUUGGACGAGCUCCCACAGAAAUGGGAACGGCUUGGGGAUAUUGUUGUGCUUCCUGCAACAUCCUUUAAAGAUCCAACUUGGAGCUCUAUCAGUGAUGAAGUUUGGUGUGCUGUUUCUAAAUCACUUAGUGCCAACCGCCUUGCACGCCAAGGACGAGUUGAACCUAAUGGUACAAGGGAUAGUACAUUGGAGAUUCUCGUGGGAGAUAGUGGAUGGGUUGAUCACCGUGAAAAUGGGAUCUUAUACUCUUUCGAUGCUACGAAGUGUAUGUUCUCAUGGGGUAAUCUCUCAGAAAAGCUUCGUAUGGGUAACAUGGCCUGUGCAAAUGAAGUUGUGGUGGACCUGUUUGCUGGAAUUGGAUAUUUUGUUCUCCCAUUUCUUGUGAGGGCAAAAGCAAGGCUAGUAUAUGCUUGUGAGUGGAAUCCCCAUGCUAUCGAAGCUCUUCGACGUAAUGUUGAAGCAAAUUCUGUUUCUGACCGUUGUAUCAUUCUUGAAGGGGAUAACCGGAUCACAGCACCGAAAGGAGUAGCUGACAGAGUCAAUCUUGGUCUUAUCCCGAGUAGCGAAGGAAGCUGGGUCACAGCUAUUCAGGCAUUAAGGCCUGAGGGAGGAAUACUCCAUGUGCAUGGAAACGUCAAAGACUCAGAUGAGAGUAGUUGGGGGGAGCAUGUCACCAAAACAUUAAGUGAUAUCGCCAGAGCCGAAGGUCGUAGCUGGGAAGUUACAGUGGAACAUAUAGAGAAGGUGAAAUGGUACGCUCCUCGAAUUCGCCAUCUUGUCGCCGAUAAAAUUAAGCAAAAGCUCGGGAGAAAAUUGCCUAAGAUUAAAAUAUCCAAAGCAAUGAUACUUCCUGAGCAAAGUGUGGCAGCUGAGAAAAGGAAAGGCUUGACCCUGAAGGAUCUUCUGCAACAAACUUCAUAUUGCAAUGCCAAACUUCGCCAAGCAGAGCUGCAGUCACAUAAAUAUGUUAUCAUUCAGAAACUUAGGGAACUCAUUAGUGAUGAUGAUAAGCUUGUUAGAGAUUCUCUUUAUCAACUAUUUGACACUGUCAUCUUUCCUGCUUCUAAAGAGGAUAACCUUAUGGUGUCACUUUUAAUGCCAUACAUAUCUUGCGCUAUGGCUCAUUCAUCGAUUGAUGUUCGUUUGAUGGCUUCCAAAUUUGAAAAGAGAGUGAUCCAAGUGAUUGUACAUGAAUCUCUUGUUGGUGAUGAGAUCGUACCAUUGCUUCACGUAUAUUUGAAUCGAUUCAAAGAUUCAGCAGGAGUCUUGUUAAGUAUUUCUUCUACUAAAUCAAGUGGCAGCGACGGAAACCGACGCCUCGAGGAAGCCAUUGACGCUUUGAAAAGAUUUGAACCGAAUGAAUCAGAGAGAUGUGAGGAAGCAUUGGUGAAAAUCUUGGCUAGAUGUUCACUGAGAAGCAUCGCUAGAUUCAGAUCAGUGUGCAAAGAAUGGAAAUCCAUUAUCGACUGCGACUUCUUCCGAGAUUUCUACGAGUCUCUCAACUCUUCCUCAUCCUCAGUUUCGUGGUCAAUCAUGGAGAAUAAGAACAAAACAGAAAUCGUGGGACACCAUGGAUGCAAGAGAUGGGAACUUACCAAUUCCUUAGGAUCUUUCAUCACACGUUACAAUCCCGAGACCGCAGUGAGAAAAACUAGUGUCUUGUGCUGCACGGAUGGAUUAGUAUUGGUUUACACGGAAACUAUGGAAGGAGCACCAAUGUAUCAUGUCGGAAACCCGUUGUUGCAACAAUGGGUUCGAAUCCCUUUUCCUCCACAUCUCUCGGGUUAUGACGUCGUGAGGUUACAGGAGGAUGAAAAGUUUAACGACAGUGGACUUGUCACAAAGAUGGAAAAGGGUAUUGCCGUGGGUUACAAGGUUGUCUGGACUUUGGUUUCAGAUGUGGUAUCUAAUGAACUCACUUUUAUGAUAUAUUCAUCUGAAACAGGAUUGUGGAUAACCAAAGAGGUUCGUUGUCUCCGUAGCUUGAUCUGGUCUAGACUAGCGCGUUCCGUUCCUUUAAACGGGAUUCUUCACUGGCUUGCUACGAUUGAUAACUCCUCCAUUGACGCGAAUUAUAUUGUAGCUUAUGAUUUCUAUAAUGGAGGAGGUGAUGAGUGUCCUAUCAUACCUUUUCCUGAUAUCCAACAAUUUCAAGCGACUCGGCGUUUCAAGAGAACAAUGACAACGUCUGCUGGAUUCGUGGUGUAUUGCAACGUUUACAGUGAGAAUAAUGAAGGAGAACGUGGAAUCAGGGUUUGGAGGCUGGUCUCUACAAAUGAGCAUCCUAAUUCAUGGCAACUCUCGUGGAAUGUCAAAACCAAGGGUGUGGUUGAUUAUUUCCCUGUGGUGAUGCAUCCUUUGAACUCUGACAUCAUUUACUUGUGGUGUUGGAACAAGAACGCUCUGCUCUUGUUAAACUUGAGGACACACAAGUAUAGUCUUUGCAAGGAGAAAAAUAAGAAGAACAAGUCUAUGGAUGAUUGCAUCAUGACAUUUAGCGGUUGCAAGGAGUAUAUGGACUUGAUCUAUCCAAAUUUCGUCAAUGAUAUGUACCGUGCUUCUCACCAUCUCUUCUUUUCGCAGUACGUGCUCCCAUGCUGGUUCAACCCGCUCCCUCGGCUUUCUUCUUGAUUAUGCAUGUUUAUCAUUUGAUUCUUGUCUUUUUUUUUAAAUGUUUUUCUUUCUUUAUGAUACAAGUAUGCUCUUUGUGCACCUAAUUGGUCAGCUUCUCUCAUAUUAAGUUCUUGCUUUUUCAUAUAAAGAUCUCCAAACUGU